AAUAUAUAAAAAAUCUUUCACAAAACUUUACAUGGUAUCAGAGCAAAACUCAUGGCUUCCGAUGAUCCGCCAAAUUCAAUCAACAGGAGUGGAAACCAAACUACUGAUUUUUCAUCCAUUGAUCAGUACAAUAAUCCCUUUUAUCUUCACCCGUCAGACAAUCCUGGCAAUAUGUUAGUGUCAACUCCUCUCACCGAUGACAAUUAUGCUACAUGGCGCCGUGCUGUUAUCAUUGCACUCACUGCAAAAAACAAAUUAAGUUUUGUUGAUGGGAAUUUGCCGUAGCUAGCAAGUGAUUCUCCUAAUCUUCAAUCAUGGACUCAUUGCAACACCAUGGUAAUCUCUUGGUUGCUCAAUUGGCGAAGCGUGAAGGGGAGUUGUAUCUAUUCCGGUCAAAUUCUUUUGCCUUGAAUGUUCAAAUUCCUUCUACCUUUGAUAUUUGGCAUUUUCAUUUAGGACAUUUGUCCCAUCAGAGAUUGAAUUUUCUUUCUCAAUUCAAUAAAGAAAUUGUUAUUAA